AUGACCUUCGCAUCCCAGUAUCGCAUGCCCGGCACCUACUUCGACGCACAGCCCGCCGGAGUACACCCGGGCGUCUUUCGCCCGCCUUCCUCACCCUCAGCAAGCUCCUCUCUAUAUCUUGCGAGGUCGACCGGCAGCUACCACUCCGAAGCAACGUCGGCUCUAGCCCAGGCCAAGCGUAAACGUCGAAUCAAUGCUUCCCGCGAGGCUACCCCUCUGCAGGAGUGGUGCGAUGGCAAUGUGAACCUCGACGGCUCAGCCGAUCUACCCCCGACGCACGAGACCCCUCAACCGAACCGAGAAGCCCGCUACACACUCGCCGGCCAGCUCGAGACCCCCGGUGCCGCCGCCGCCAACCUGCCCUACGACAGCGGCAACUUGGACGAUAGCAUGUACUCGGAUGCUGAUUACCGAAGAAAAUUAGGAUCAAAACGACCUCACGAAGAAAUGGAAUCGCCAGUCUCCGGCCAGCCGACUGUGCUGGUCCAACCUCAACCGGUAGCAGAAGGAUGGAGCCGUUUCGCAAUAAACACUAUCGGCGGCGUUGUCGGCAAGGUGUGGGAGUUCUGCAAGGCUGGCGCUUUCAGAGGCUUCUCAGCGGGAGGUGGUAAGGCUUACACCAUCGAUGGCCAGGGCCUACCAGAUGCGCCGGCGGUACCUAUAUCAGAGCCUGAACCCCAGCCUCAGUUGUCAGAGAAGAUGAUUGAUUUCGGAAUCGAAAGCCCGACCCCGAUUGUUGCGACUGUUGAUACUUCGCCACCUGUUGCUCUCCCCCAAUCAGACUUCGUACCCUUCACCCAUGAAAUGCAACACACAUUCGCCCCCGAAUUCACCACGCCAUCACGUCCGGCGGUAAAGCGUCGACAAACUAGCGCUGGAAACCACGACGAGCUUCGCAACUGGGUCGUAGUAGACGAACCACAGGGUGGAGCCGGCAGACGAUCACUGCCCCGACCGACAUCCCGUCCGGUAUCCCGUAGCACUCGGCCGUCUAUGACGACAGGUCGGAGAAUCAGCGUUCCCAAACCGCGCCUCAGCUCGACGCCCGCCGCCCCCCCACGCAGACCAACCACGAGCCACAGCACCAUAUCCCACGCCGGGUCUAUUUCUCUGUCCCCGCGACAGCCGGCUAGCUUUGCGGGGGCUUGGUCCCCAGAAACCCCUUCGCAGCUGACGGGCCCGUCACCAAGUCGGAUCCCCGUGCCUAUUCAGCCUGCCGGCAUGAGCCCGAACCCGUUUGCGAGAGCGAGCAACCCCAACAUGCGCCAGAGCGCCAUUCCCUCACCGGUACAAUCCAACAUCAGCCCCCACUCGCAUCGACGCUCGCAGAGCAGCGCCUCGGCGGCGGCGACGUCGAGACCAAAGACGAAGGACUUUAACGUCGACUCGAUCCGAGCAAGUCCCCGGCUAGACGCCGAGGCCAAGAAGCUUGCUGCGAGAAGGGCGCGCGACGAACACGACUCUGAUGCGCGGAUCGACGACUUUAACCAGCGACUCAAGGAGAUGAUUCGCCAGGGUCGCGAGGCCCUCGGCACCAAGAUUGAGAUUGACGGCGACGACGGCGGUUGGAUGGAUGACUGA